GAUCAAGUAAGAAUCCAAAAGAACAAGAAGAGUGCGACAGUUGUUCAGUUGGUUAACUUCUCGCUGAGAAAAGGACAACUUUCUUCAUUCUUGCAAGAUGGGUUCUUCAUCGGUGCCGCUCGUCCUCUACAUCUUCGUCAAGUCCAGCGUUCAGGACACCCGUCAAAGGAUACACGAGAACGUCCAGAACGUUGGCGUAGCGUUCCCGAAGGUCGACUUUCGUGUCCACCGGUUCGAGUCCAACAGGGUCUUUGAUGACAUGCUGGAUCUGUUCCUCAAGGGCAUCAGCGAGAAUGAUGUUUCCAGGUUACAGGGAAUCAUCGUCAAUGGGUUUGGACAGAACCCGACCGGUGCUCUGGGAGACACGGAGUUCAGCGGAGCCUUCUUCAAGAUGGUGCUUCUGGCGAUGCUGAGGAGAAGAUCAAAUUCCUCACAACGCAUAGCAGUCGUCUGCGCGCAAAGCUUCAGUCACACGUUCACCCAGCACGCCGACUCGAUCCCCGCCGAGAGCUCCGGCGUCUUCCAGUUCUUCCCGCUGACCACCAGCUACCAGCCGUACCAGGUCAAACCAGACGCGAUGGCACGACCGGUCGGGCUCUCCCUGGACUUCCAGAAGUUGAUUGGUCACGUCUUUCAGUCGCCCAGUGGCAACGGCUUCCGGCGUCACAACGAGACGAUGCUCGGAGUCAGCUCGAUUGUGAGGAGUGACCAUUUCUGAGAACAUCGGCCCUGUCACACAUGUGCAUGGAUGGUCCUGCAACAUUGGUUGGGGCUGUCUCUGUCGGUGUCUUACAUGACAGCUCUAGAGAGACUUGAGAGGGCACCUGAAAUUCCUCGCAAUUCCUGCUUCUAACUUCAAUACAAGAGGUCGAGGAGGUUAAGAAACUGGAAACAUAUUACCUUCCAAAUAGAGGAACUUGUCUUUCCAUAUGCGCUAUAUUUUCCCAACUUGGUUUUAAAAAUUGCCUGUAGAACAGAGAGGUUUAUCUUUUUAACUUGAAUUCACUAUUUUUCCAGACUAUUUUCAAUGCAAGUUUUAAAAAAUGUACAUCUUCGUCAAAGGAAUCUGUCUUCCAUACCCAGUAAAUUAUGAAUUUUUAAAU